UCGACCCUCCCAUCCACUUUCUCAUACUUUUUUGAGAACCAUAUUUUAUUAGAAUAAAAAAGCAUAAGAGAUGGCUUCGUAUCGAUCGUCUUCUUCGGCGACCUUGGCCAUGGUCGUACUCCUCUUCACUACCUUUGUCCUGUCGUCCGCCCUGGACAUGUCGAUUGUCUCCAACAACGAUGUAUAUGUUGAGAACUCGACGGGAAGGACUGACGGUGAGCUCAGAGCUAUGUACGAGGCGUGGCUAGUCAAGCACGGCAAGGCCUGCAACGGCUUGGGCGAGAAAGAAAAGAGGUUUGACAUCUUCAAGGACAAUCUCCGAUUCAUCGAUGAGCACAACACCCAGAACCUGAGCUUUAAGCUUGGUCUGAACCGGUUCGCCGACUUGACCAACGAGGAGUACAGGUCUAAGUACCUUGGUACGAAGAUCAGUGGUAAGAAGAGGAUCAGCCAACGUUAUGCACCGCGACUCGGCGAUGAUUUGCCUGAGUCCGUUGAUUGGAGGAAGAAAGGUGCCGUCGUCGGUGUUAAAGAUCAAGGAAGCUGCGGGAGUUGCUGGGCUUUCUCAACGAUUUCUGCUGUUGAAGGAAUAAAUAAGAUUGUUACCGGUGACCUUAUCUCACUAUCGGAACAGGAGCUUGUUGACUGUGAUACUUCCUACAACGAGGGAUGCAAUGGAGGUUUAAUGGACUAUGCUUAUGAGUUCAUAAUUAACAAUGGUGGUAUUGAUAGCGAAGAAGACUAUCCGUACAAAGCUUAUGAUAGCAAAUGCGAUCAAUACAGGAAAAAUGCAAGGGUGGUCACUAUUGAUUCUUAUGAAGAUGUCCCUGUGAACGAUGAGAAAGCAUUGCAGACGGCGGUUGCAAACCAGCCUGUGGCUGUUGCCAUUGAAGGAGGUGGCAGGGCUUUUCAGUUGUAUGACUCGGGUAUAUUUACUGGAGCCUGCGGCACUUCACUGGACCAUGGUGUUACUGCGGUCGGAUAUGGCACAGAAGAUGGUAAAGACUACUGGAUUGUGAGAAACUCAUGGGGUAGCAACUGGGGUGAGGCAGGCUACAUCAGGAUGGAGCGUAAUCUUGAAGGCACUUCCACAGGCAAGUGUGGAAUCGCAAUGGAGGCCUCUUAUCCCAUCAAGAAAGGCCAAAAUCCUCCCAAUCCUGGCCCCUCUCCUCCAUCUCCGGUUAAACCCCCGGCAGUCUGUGACAAUUACUAUUCUUGUCCUGAGAGCAACACAUGUUGCUGUCUUUUCCAGUGGGGCAAUUACUGCUUCUCAUGGGGUUGCUGCCCGCUUGAGGGUGCCACCUGCUGCGAUGACCAUUACAGCUGCUGCCCUAAUGAAUAUCCCGUCUGUGAUGUCAAUGCAGGCACUUGCUUGAUGAGCAAGGACAAUCCCUUGGGAGUGAAGGCACUGAAGCGCACACGUGCAAAACCUCAUUGGACUUUUGGAAAUAAUGUCCUAAAGAGCAGUGCUUAAACAAAUAAGGUAAAAGGUUUAAUGCAAGAGUAACCAAAGCGAGAGAAACUUGGCUUAUAAGAAAUUACAGUAUGGUUGGUGUUCUUGAUUUGGCGUACUCUCAUUUCCAUUCCCUCACCGAUGGAGAUACGAAGAUGGGUGGAAUAUUUUAUUAAAUAUGAUUCAGAUGCAGAUUUGUAUAUAUAGCACUCUAUUUUAUGGUGCAUUUGAACGGCAGACAUAAUAUAUUGUCAGCUUCAUUGUACUCUGUAAAUUAAGUCUUAACAGCGUUGGACUUCCCAUGCUGCAACUCCUACUUGUUACUUGCAUGUUCAUUGCUAAUAGUAAUGGCAUAUCAUUUCUCUUUCAA